GGGGUUUCAAACGCGUCUCUGUUCAGCGCCACGGAACCAACUUUUACCCACAAAUCCACUGUUUUUAUGAGGAUUUAUCAUCCAAACAUGAUGCUGAAUAUCACAAAAGGUCUUUAAAAUGUGUCUCCGAGUAGGUUUAGUUUUCUUGCGCUUUUCUGAUUCGCGAAAACGAGCGAAGAAUGAUGAAUAAUUACAUUUUCGUGAAGGUGGUGGGGAGAGGGAGCUACGGUGAAGUCCACCUGGUCAAGCACAAAACAGACCGAAAACAGUAUGUGAUAAAGAAGCUGAACCUAAAGACCUCCUCUAAACGUGAGCGCCGUUCGGCUGAGCAGGAGGCCCAGCUCCUGUCUCAGUUGAGACACCCAAACAUUGUGACAUACCGGGAGUCAUGGGAGGGGGACGACUGCCUGCUCUACAUCGUGAUGGGCUUCUGUGAAGGAGGAGACCUGUACCACCGCCUCAAGCAGCAGAAGGGGGAGCUGCUGCCAGAGAGACAGGUGGUUGAGUGGUUUGUCCAGAUUGCAAUGGCUCUGCAGUACCUCCAUGAGAGAAACAUUCUCCACCGGGAUCUGAAGACCCAGAACAUCUUUUUAACAAAAACAAACAUCAUAAAAGUUGGAGAUCUGGGCAUUGCAAGAGUUUUGGAGAAUCAGAACGACAUGGCCAGUACUUUGAUCGGGACACCCUACUACAUGAGCCCCGAGCUCUUCUCCAACAAACCCUACAACCACAAGUCAGACGUUUGGGCACUGGGCUGCUGUGUGUAUGAGAUGUCGACUCUGAAACACGCCUUCAAUGCCAAAGACAUGAACUCACUGGUUUAUCGCAUCGUGGAGGGGAAGUUGCCUCAGAUGCCCUACCGGUACGACCCUCAGCUGGGAGACCUGAUCCGGAGCAUGUUGAGUAAAAGACCUGAGGACAGACCGGACGUCAAACACAUCCUCCGACAGCCCUACAUCAAACGGCAAAUCUCCCUGUUCCUCGAGGCCACAAAAGAAAAAACAUCUAAGUCCAAAAGGAAGGCUGUUGCUGUUGGGGGAGGAGAUUGUGAGUCCAGUGCAUCAUCUGAAGCAACAAAACUAAAAUCUGAGAAACAGUCUCCCAGUCCUCAACAUGAGCCUCCUCCCAAACCCAAGCAGCUGCCGGAGAAACUUCAUAAGCCUAAAUCUCAAAAUGGCAUUUGUGACCUCGCUCCAAAACGAAGCACUCCUCCUCCCAAACCCCCUCCUCCUUCUUUUCCCUUAAAAGACCUGAAUGACAACAUGGCAACAAUCAGCAACAUCAACAUCGAUAUCCCACUUCAAAAUGACCAAAAUCAGGUUAAAAAACACAGUUCCCCCCCUUUGCAACAACAAAACUCUGAACCUACACCGAAACAUGCCCAGAAUGAAUGCAAAAACAAGAAGAAAUUGGACAUUUUGCCAUCAAAAUCUCCACUGUUGCUCCUUUCAAAAGCUGUAACAAGUGUAAAUAUUGAAUCUUUGGACGUUAAUCCAAAAACAACACCAAAUCCAAGUAAUACAUUUUUAUUAUUAGGCAAUAAACCUGUUGUAAAUGAUCGGAUUGAUACAAUGGAGCUACUGAGGGAAGCUGGCUUCCUGGAUUUCAACAUGGACGGAAAGAAAGAAGAGGAUAAAUGUGUGUUUGUUCCGGAGAAGAAGCAAGAAAACAAGUUUUUAAAAGGAAACAUAGAAGAGGAGUGUAAAGAGGAGGGUGAAGGUGACACCAUGAUGCUGCUGAGAGGCGCUCAAAUGGAAAAACAGACUCCAGAAAUACAAACAAAUCUGGAGUCCACAGAAAAGCUAUUAGAGCCACUGCCUCCAGUUCAGGUCCCUGCUCCCAGACCUCUGCCUGUUCCUCCACUCCACUCCACAGCUCACCACAAAAAGAAGAAACUCACAGAUAAUGAAAAAUCUAAACUACCUAAUGUGCCAGCCUGUACCCCUGUUAGUGACGGAGACAUGCCUCCUCUGCAGCAGGGGCGCCCUCUAUCGGCCCGAGAGAGGAGGAGGCUGAGGCAGUCACAAGAAGGAAUUGGCCAGUCAGGUAUAAAUCCAGUGAGAAGGGCCUCCUAUGAUGUGACCUCCUCAAAACAGGAGGGCACAAGUGUUCAAGUGAGUCGCUCUGUGUCUGUCCCCUUCACAGAGAGGACUGACAAGCAGCAGGAAAAGUCAGAUGAGGAAGAUUUUAGUUCAUCUACGAGUUCCACCGAGUGCUCAGUGGCAGACAGCAAAGAGAGAAAAGCAGAAUCCAGUGACAUGCAGGACCUGGUGCAGAUGAUGACGCAGACUCUAAAGAUGGCCGCUGCUGAUGGAGAGGGGUCGUGUGACCUCCAGGAGUUCAAGCUGAACAGGAAGUACAGGGACACUCUGCUGCUCCAUGGCAAAAAACCCAAAGACCUGUCCCUCAGCAACAUCAGUAUGGGGUCCACGUCAGGUCCAGCCAAAGUGAGACGAGUUGUGGAGCAGCUGAGGACUGAUGUUCUGAAGGGACUUGGGGUCAAACUCCUGGACAGAGUGCUGGAGGUUAUGGAGGAGGAGGACGAGAAUAAACGAGAGUUGCAUCUCCGGGAGUUGAUGGGGGAUGAGAAGUACCAGGCCUACGCUGUGAUGGUUCGACAGCUCAAGUUCUUUGAAGAUAUGGCCCUCAAAGUUUAAAACACUUCACGCACAUUUCAAUUCACAGAAGUCUGGAUUAUCUCAUGUUUAAUUUUCUGUGCCAUUUUAGUCACUAUAAACUCUGCAUCACGUUAUAUUUUGUAAUACUUUGUAAAUAAUUGUAUAUUUUUAUAAGAAAAACAUUUUCCACCUUUUUUUUUUUGGCUUUAGUGUUGUAUUUUUAGCAUGUAAUAGUUUAUGUAAGCAAUUUUUUUGUUUUGUUUAGUUACUUUUUUUUUUUUAAGUUAAAGGUCUAA